AUCCAUCAAAAUGUCACAACAUGUUUACAACACUUACAACCUAAUAAAGAUAAUGGCAGCAACUUUGUUUGUUCAUCCGCUGGACGUACUCAAAAUCCGUCUCCAGAUCUCGCCAGAACGAGUGACUUCGGUCGGAAUGGCUCAUCAGAUGCUCAAGUAUGAAGGUUGGCCGGCUCUGUACUGUGGUCUGACGGCUGGACUGCUUCGUCAGGCCACGUAUACGGCGGCUAGGUUGGCUACUUAUGAGGCGCUCACUAAAAGAUAUAUUAGGAAUAACAAGAAACCUCCGGAAGGCAAUGACAAAAUCUUGGUGGGUGUCUGCGCGGGCUUGGUCGGUGGUCUAGUGGGGAACCCCUCCGAAGUGGUGCUCGUCCGGAGAAUGGCUGAGGGUUGCCUCCCCUGCCCAGCAAAAUGUGGACGUGGAUGUUGCCCGAGUGGAUAUUUAGGAACCGUUGACGGUUUUAGGAAAAUUAUUUGUUCCGAAGGCUUCAUGGGCCUUUUUCGUGGGACCACUCUAACGCUUCUCAGAUCUGUGGGGGUCAGUAUCGUGCAUAUUGGAUGCUAUAAUGAGAUUCGUGAAUACGUCAAGGAGAGAACUGGCGAGAAAGACCCCGACACACUGACGAUGUACACCGCAGUCGCGCUCAGCUUCGUCACGGCACUUCUGACCCAUCCUAUUGAUGUCGUCAAAACAUUUUUUCAAAUAUCAAGAUCGGAUUGCAUUACUCAAAGGGCGGUGUUCAAUCGCGUGAUUCGUACCAAAGGAGUGUUUGGUCUAUGGAAAGGAUUCACUCCUUAUUUUAUAAGAAUGGCUAUUCAUACAAUGAUAGCAUUAUUGGUAAUGGAACAUCUGAAAGAUUACAAAUGA